UCCGUUCGUUCACGCCCACUCUGCUCAAUAGGCCCACCCACCGGUCCCUGUUUCCCCACGAACCGACACCGCUGCCGGACACUAUCCCUGCGUCUAUCCGCUCUCUGUCAUCCCGUUGUUUCACCCACAAACCGCCGCUGCUUCGCUCUUUUCCCUUCAUGCCUCAGCGCCGCAGGAGUUAAAGCGCGCCGGAUGCGCCUCGCUUCAGCGCGCCGCUCCACUUCGAAGAUGGCGUCGGAGGGAGCCAGCGGAGAGGCUCCGGGACAGUCCCUGACCGCGGCCGUGCUGACCAGCGCUGACACGAAAUGUGGUCUGAACAUGGAUAACCUGAGUAAGCCUGAGCUGCUCACUCUGCUCAGUAUCAUGGAGGGAGAGCUGGAGGCACGAGACCUGGUCAUCGAGGCACUGAGGGCCCAGAGGAAGGAGGUGUUUCUUCAGGAGCGCUACGGACACUUCCAGCUGAGGGACCCCUUCCUGGCUCUGCAGAGGGACAUGCAGUGCUCUGUCUCUGGGGACAAAGACACACGAGUCCCAGGCUCAAGCCCCAUGGCCGUGCUGCAGGCCGUCAUGUCCCACUGCAGGAAGAUGCAGGAGAGAAUGUCUGCGCAGCUCGCCGCCGCAGAGACCCGGCACAAGAGGUUGGAGAUGGAGAAGCUUCAGUUGCAGAGCCUGGAGCAGGAACACCGUAAGCUAACGGCGCAGCUAAAGGACGAGCGUGACAAGAACAAGCAUAUCGUCAUGAUGUUAGUGCGCGAGUGCAAGCAGCUAGCCACCCGUGUCGUAGAGGAGUCACAACGAUUCGACGAGCUACAGACGCGAUAUGAUGAGGAAACGCGCAGCUCUGGACGACUACAAGAGGACCUCGAAAAUGAGAAGCAAAAAUCUCAACAAAUGGAGGCUACCAUGGAGAAACAGCUGUCUGAAUUUGACACGGAGCGGGAACAGCUACGUGCUAAGCUAACUCGUGAAGAGACAGAGAACCAAAAUUUACGACAACAAAUCGAAACACUCAGGACUGGUCAGAGCGAUAGCAAAGAGGCUAAAGCUAACGAGCCCGUUAGCAAAACAGAAAGUAGUAAAGUUGAAACUGCUUCGGUUUCCGUAGCGACAGAUCCGGUAAUGUCCAGAACAAUAUCGUGCCAAACGGACGCCGAGAUAGAGGCGCAGAAAAAGGGCCCUCUGAACAUCCCAGUGAAGCCAAGUCCAGCGAACUACGUGGGGCUGAGUUUACCGAAAACCCGGGCGCUGAGUACGGAAAACGGAUCGGAGUCGGCGCAGCACGUGAGCGGGAUUCCAACUGGAGUCAGCCCUCGAGUCCAGGCCGCCAGGUACAAGUUCCAGGAGCAGGACCAAAACCAGAACGGGUCUCAGAGCAGUCCUCCCGCCAGAGACCUUUCCCCAACCAACAGAGACACGAACUUCGCAGCCAAACAGCAGGCCAGGCACACAGUCACGCAGGUUUUAUCACGAUUCACAAGUCCUCCGGGCUCCACGCCACUCCGACCGGGCCUUCCUCACUCGGCCUCGGAGAGUGGGCCAUUUCCGGGGCGACUGAGCCACCCAAUCGGCAUUAAGUCUCCCACCGUCGCCCGUAUCGACCGAGGGAACCCGCCUCCCAUCCCACCCAAAAAGCCAGGCCUGUCGCAGACCCCUGCGCCCUCUGUGAAGGCGGGAGAGGGGGGCAGGGGGGGACUAAAGAUCACACCACAACUGCCCCCCAAACCAGCGCUCGACCUGGUACCUCCACUCGGCGCUUCUCAGACCAAGAUGGCUGCCGCAGCAUGUGCCCCUCCCCCUCCAUCCUCCCCCGACUGCGUUAGCCUCCUGGCAGCAGCAUCAGGCUGCUGCCCCCCCUUAGCGCCCGGGUCGGGGGGAGCCUGGUCCGGAGCCCUGGACUCAGACCUGCUAAAGCUCCCCGCUGCUCUCCAGGAACACGCCACUUUAAUGUCAAUGUCAAUGCUGCUCAACCCACGACAAAACCUACAAAAACUACAACUCUCCGACUGUGAUCCCGCCCAAAAUGUCCUCUCCACCAAUCAUAACGCUUACCUGGACUGUGAUCCCACCCACAACAUGCUCUCAGCCAAUCAUAGUGCUCCUUUGGACUGUGAGUCAGUCAUCUACGCCAAUCGCAGUGCUCCGGUAGCCUAUGAAUCAGCCCACAACCUUCUGUCAUCCAAUCACAGCACUCGCUCAGACUGUGAACACACCGACAAUCGCAUCUCCUCCAAUCACACUGAACCUACCUACAACAUCUUCUCCUCCAAUCAUAAUGCUCUUCUAGACUGUGAAUCCGCCCACAACCUCAUUUCCUCCAAUCAGAAUGUGCUCUCAGACUGUGAACUUGACCAUAACGUCCUCAUCUCCAAUCAUAACGCUCCCUUGGACUGUGAACCCGGUCACUACCUCUCUCCAUCCGAUCACAAUGCUCCUCCUGACCUCUCAUCCAAUCACAACGCUCCACUGUUCGAUGAUCGGGACUCCAUUGAAAACCUCAGAAUCUCCGCUCUCUUCGCUGCUGCUCAAAAUGGACAAACAGAUUGCGUGGAGGAGUUGUUGUCUGUCGUCUCUGCUGAUGUCACCGAUCUUAAAGGAUUCACUCCUCUGCACUUCGCUGCGGCUCAGGGCCACUCCAGUAGCGUCUCCGCACUCCUGUCCUCCAUGGCUCAGGUGAAUGCUGUUUCUUCUGGAGGUGUCUCUGCCCUGUCUCUGGCCUCUGAAUCUGGACAAACUCACUGUGUGCGCCUGCUGCUGGAGUCUGGAGCUGACCGCUACAUCUCUACUACUGAUGGCUGCAGUCCUCUCCAUGCCGCUGUGCGUUCAGGAAACCUUGAGCUACUACGUUUGCUGCUGUACCACACGAAUGACUCCCUUGUGACCCCUGACCCCAGCGAUCUUCAGAGCUACUCCAGAGUGAACUUUGGUCACAUGGCGUCCUCUCCUGUCGCCGCGGUGACACUGAACAUCUCCUCUGAACUCCUGAAUCAAACCAACACAGAAGGAUGGACCGCUGCUCACAUUGCUGCUGCUCAAGGGUUUAAGGAGUGUCUGGAGGAGCUGUGUUCUCAUCCUGAACAGAACCUGAACAUCAGAGACAAAUGGGACCGGACCAUCCACGACCUGGCCACAGACGACUGCAAAGACCUGCUCGAGAACCUGAAUUCAUAUCGAGUUCGUGUGGUGUUGCCUUGCUCAAUGGCUCCUGAUGGCUCUGCUCUGGUUGCCGGUUCUGUUCCCCCUCCAGAUCAUUUGGACCUCAGUUCUGUGGUGAUAGACCGAUCUACAAAAUGGUCCCAGGUGUGGUCUGAAGUGGUCCAGAUUUUCGUGGACUUUGUCAGGUCUCUGUGUGAAAGUCCAGAUCUAGACCAGGAUCGAAACCAGGAUCAAGACAAACCUCUAGGACUCAGCCACAGGAGUAUCAAGUCCAUCUGCAUCGGAGACAGAGAGUGGUCUGUGAGUGAAGAGGUCUCACUCUGUCCCUGGGAUCUGGUCCGAAAACCUCCAAGUCCCAAUAUCAGGAUCCAGCUCAAAGGUCUGUCUGAAUCAUGUCUGGAUGAGGUCGCUCUCUUCUCUCUAAUCCCUCUGUCGACUCUCAACAACUACGUACGACUGGUGGAACAGUACGGAAACCUGAUGCUUCAUGGAGUUGAAGGCAGCCUCCAGGAAAACAUUGCUGCUGUGGUCGCUCACUGCAUCAAGAAAAAACAGGAAGCGCUGGGUUUUCGUUGUGAGGUUUUCAAAGUUCAGGUGGACUCCAGUCUGACCAGAGAACAGCUCCUGGACUCCUUCAUCCAGGCUGGUCUUCUGGCUCCUGCAGGCUCAGAGGGAUGUGCUCGUGUUGUAGUGACAGUGGAGCACCUAGAGAGGGCGCUAUCUCUCUGUGCUCUGAUGGGAGACAUCUGCCACAAUCUGGACCAUAGAGGACCCCAGCACACAGUCCAGACCAGCUCAGGCCCUCAUUGGUUGGUGGAGGGAGGUUACAUCAUCACCACACUGUCUAAGCCCCGCCUCCAAGGCUCAGAGCUCCGCCUCCAGCAGCACCUACGUUGGGUCUCCCUCCGAUGGGACCAAGAGCCAGUGUCAGGACUCCUGCACCGGACCCUGAAAGCAAGACUACAGGCUGCAGCAGGGUCACAUGACAGCUCCCUUCAGCGCUCGGCCUUGUGGGUAGCACGGUUCUGGCAGCGGCUGAACUCAUGUUUGUGUCGUCUGGGGACUACGGAGGCUCUAAUUGGACCAGAGCUGUUUAUGACCUGCCCCCUGUCCAGCGCAGAGGAUGCCGUCAGGUUUCUCUGUGCUCUGUGGAACUCUGUGGUGGUCCCUCGAAUUGAACAGGCCAUAGUCUCCAGAGUCUCCCCAAGACGCACCCCUCUCUCCCCCCUCAGCCCCUCCUCCUCCUCCACUACAGACCCCACUGCGAGCCAGACUCCGGGUCAGAGGGCGCUGGUGAAGGCCGCUCUGAGCAUCGUCCUGAACAGAGCCGUGCUGCAGGACUGUCCCCUCUCCAGAUCAGAGAUGGAAAAGUUCCUCCCAGACUUCACUGGCAGCUCAUUCCCUCUGUCGGCUCUGAGUCCAGUCCCCAGACCCGGACCAAGACCUGAAUCUGGAUCAGAAUCUGGAUCAGGAUCUGGACCAGGAUCUAAACCCGGGUCUAUGCCUGCGAGGCUCUGGAGGAGGAGGGAACACAGGCUGAGACGCUCCAACACAUCCCCCAGGAAGAGAGCUGUUUCUGGGUCAGGUCUCAGCGGAGCAGGGGGGUCCUUCAGGGAGGCCUCUCAGUCCACCUCUGACGUCCGCUUCCUGUCUGGUGAACAGCUCCACAGAGAUGGAGUGGGGCUAUGUGUGUUUUCAGAUGAAGAGACAGAUCUGAUCAGAGAACUACAGACAAUGUGCUCCAGCAAAUCUGAGCCAGACAUCAGCAAGAUCUCUCAAACCAAAGAAAUGUUUCCUAAUGAAAGUUCGAGACAGCAGCAACAGCAGCCAAGAAACAAGCCUCCUCCUGUUUCUCCAUCCAUCCCUCGUUCCAACUCGCGCUUGCCUCUUUCAUCCACUAGAGUCUCCCACCAUCACCAUCACUCUACACACCCCAGUUAUACAAAUACUACUACUACUACUACUACUACUACUACUACUACUACUACUACUACUGCUACUACUACUGCUACUACUACUACAACUCCAGAUGACAACCAACAUUUUAUCAACAACAACCACCUUCAAAACCAGAGCCGGCGCAGCAGCGGAGACGACGUGUGGAUCCUGCAUGAGAACUACAUUACCCACAAUCCCUCGCUCCUGCCUCGUUAGCGCCCCGCCCCCCAGCUGUAAAGACUCGUAGGACUCUUCGGACUUAAUCGUGAUUUGUUGUGGUGACUUCGUACUGAAUUGUGGGACCAUAGUUUUAUUAAGAUGAUUUUAAAAACAGGCUUGGAUAUUUAGGAUUAACAUUGUCAAAUUGAAAGUAUUUAAAGAUUUAAAGCUGCACUGUGUAACUUUUCUGAUGGAGUGGUUCUGUCACUGCUUCCAUGGAGAUGUUACUAUGUUAUUGCCUGAAAUGUUCCGCAGUAUGGCAUUGAACUUAUCCAUAUUACAUUUAUUCUAUUCAAGGUGUUUUAAAAAUACCUUGAAAAAUAUGCAUCCUUACUGAGAGUGGGGUCGCUUGUCCACAGACCUAACCUGUAACUUGGCCAUUCCAGGCAAAGCAGUAACAUCUCCAUGGAGACCAGCACCUGAAAAGUUACAUAGUGAGACUUUAAAAUGUGAAAUAAGAAGAAGUAUUUUGUGAAGGUGAACACAUUUGAAUAGUAUUAUAAACAGGUGAUGUUUCAGAAAGCAGAAUAAAACUUAUGAGAAUUACAAAGACAACACAGUGGCAUAGUGGGUUAAGCAUUCGCCCACCAAUGAGAGGGUCGGUGAUUCAAAUCCUUCUCAAAAUGCAUGCUGUUAUUGUGUUGCUGGGCAAGACACUUCACCCCAUCGCUAUUGUCAACUCCGGUCACAGUAAUGUUGCAUCACUUUGAAUAAUACUUUAAUUUAUUCUGGUCAAGAUAAAUGCUCCUCACACACAGACCCUUUAAAGAGGGGGUAUUAUGUAAAAUAGAUUUUUUUUUUUUGCUUUUUACCAUGUUGUAACGUCAUCAAAAACCUGCCUGAAGAGUUUUUAGAUGUCAUCCAUGCAUGUUUGAAUAAUCUAGUGAUCUCUCCUAGGUCGUAUUUGAACCCUUCUUACAGUUAGUUCAGUUAGAUUCUGUCCAAUGCUCCGCCCACAAGACUACGUCACCCAGCUCUCACAUGACAAUUCUCCAUAAAUACACAAAAACAUGAUGCAAAACUGCACCCUACAACUUCACAAACCUGAUGUGAUGUGCAGUAGUUUCAUUAGAGGGAUGCACGCUGAUUGUGUUGUGAUGUUAUGUGUUAGCAGCUAAUACUCCAUGAAAGUAAAAUGCCCGCUCUUUAAUACCCCAUAGAAGUAAAGUACCCCCUCUUUAAGCUCUGCAGCCUAAACUGUGCGAAUAUUUUAUGACUAUAGAUAUUUAAUUACAUUGAAAAUUCUAACUGGACUCCAAACCCAGUAUUAUUUCAGUCUGCUUUCUGAAACUUGCCUCUACAAAUCUGUGCUGGCUUCACUAACUAAAUAUAAUUAAUAUUUAAAUUAAAAUCUGUAUUAAUUGUAUUAUUGAGCUGUUUUAGGCAAACGUGGAAGAUUUUUGCUGUUUUAUCCGAGCCGUAUUUUUUCUUUUUUUUUCUUUUUGAAUUCAGUAUUUUUUGUGUUUUACAAUUUUAAGUUUAAAAGCUGUCGAAAUAAUCAGGGUUUAACCAAAUCUAUAUUGUACAUAAGAGUUGGUAGCGAGGUAGAUUUCUGUAUGUGGCUUGUACAGUGAAAAUUACACUUCAAAUUCUGAAAAAUGUUGAAAAAAAAUCUAAAAUUGUGAAAUUGUAAUUGUACAUAAUGUUUGUAGAAAUGUUAAUUUGUUUUUAUGGGAGUUUUCCACUUGUUUCAAUGUGGCAAUAAGUCCAAAAUGAACCAGAGAGAGAAGAGGAACGAUAGAAUUAUUUUAAAGAAAAUUUAAAUACUGUAGCGUUUUGGUGUAAGAAAACACGCCGGAGUUCUUCUGGUUGUCUAUUUUCUGAACACAAGGGCUACUGGAGACCGUAACCCACAACAAAACAAGAGUCAAACAACGACAGUCAGAACUCACCAGAACCAGUCUCCAAAACAGACCAGUGACUGACCAAUCAAACCACACAUCAACCUGUUGCCAUAGCAACCACGAGUCCCAAAGUACAAAAGUACAAAAGUACAAAAGCAUUUACAUGAACAACACACAAACAGAUACAAGAACAACAAAAACUCUG